GGCAUCGGCGCACUCUAUGGUGUAAUGGGAGGAGCGGCGGGGCACGGCGGACGGCUCCGGCCCGGCGCUCUCGGCCACUACUGCGGGCACGAUGUCGCCUCCCAAAGAAAAUGUCAGCUUGCUGUUCAAGCUGUACUGCCUCACGGUGAUGACCCUGAUUGCUGCAGCCUACACGGUGGCGCUGCGCUACACGAGGACGGUGCAGACGGAGCUCUACUUCUCGACGACGGCUGUGUGCAUCACUGAGGUCAUCAAGUUGUUCUUGAGCGUGGGCAUCUUGGCUAAAGAAACUGGAAGCCUGGCAAGGUUAAUAACAUCCCUAAGAGAAAAUGUAUUCGGAAGUCCUAAAGAAUUGCUGAAACUAAGUGUUCCAUCUUUGGUCUAUGCUGUUCAAAACAAUAUGGCAUUUUUGGCUCUCAGCAACUUGGAUGCAGCAGUCUACCAGGUGACAUACCAGCUGAAGAUCCCCUGUACAGCUUUAUUCACAGUCCUGAUGCUGAAGCGCAGCCUUACUAAGCUGCAGUGGUUCUCUGUCUUCAUGCUGUGUGGUGGUGUUACCCUUGUUCAGUGGAAGCCAGCUCAGGCUACAAAAGUACAGGUGGAGCAGAACCCCUGGCUAGGGUUUGGAGCGAUUACUGUGGCUGUACUGUGUUCAGGAUUUGCAGGCGUUUUCUUUGAGAAGAUCUUAAAGAGUUCAGAUACUUCCUUGUGGGUGAGGAAUAUUCAGAUGUACUUACCUGGGAUUGUGGUGACCUUAAUUGGUGUGUACCUGUCAGAGGGAGCCCAGGUUCUGGAGAAAGGGUUUUUCUAUGGCUACACCUACUACGUCUGGUUUGUCAUCCUCCUUGCCAGCGUAGGUGGGGUCUACACUUCGGUGGUGGUUAAGUACACAGAUAACAUCAUGAAAGGCUUUUCUGCAGCAGCAGCCAUUGUCCUUUCCACUGUGGCAUCAGUUCUCCUCUUUGGCCUCCAGCUAACUGCUACCUUCUCCCUGGGGGCUUUCCUCGUGUGUGUUUCUAUUUACCUCUACGUACCACGACAAGACGCCACCAAAACCCAGCCAGCAGAGACCAAGACCUCAAAAGAGAGACUUGCUACUGUGUGACAGUGUCCAUAAAAAUGGACAGACAAGAGCAAAAAUGGACUUAAAAAGGAAUCUUUUUUUUUCUUCAUAGCCUUAAGCUAGUCACGAAAUGGUUUAAGUGGGAUAGACUAAAAGCAGAAGUUAGUUCUGCUUUACAAGUGCAGUUUCCCAUGGCUGAUGUGAGGCUACCUUAGUGCCCAGGAGAUGGAUGAGUGUUUUACUGAAAGCAUUCUUCAUUCCCAUGGGACAGGGAAGAGUCCCAUUUCCAGGGAAAGCAGAAUGAAGGAACUGAACACUCAGUUGUAUAUUAUGUAUAUAACAAGGGGAG